AUGGGGGCCACUAUCAUCCCAUCGUUCAUCGGCCUGUCGGCGAAGCAGCUGUCCAUUGUCGGAGUCAUCCAGCAGGUGGGAGCGGCGUUUUCGAUUCUGGGGUGCAUCUUCAUCAUUUCGACCUUUUGCUUCUGCGAUGCCUUUCACAAGCCCAUCAACCGGCUCGUCUUUUACGCCUCUCUUGGCAACCUCAUGGCCAGCGUGGGGUUCGCCAUGGCGUGCAUGUAUCUCGACAAGCCCAACAGCGCAGGGUGUCAGAUGCAGGCCUUUCUCUUGCACUUGUUUGUCUCCGCAGAUGCCUGCUGGACGCUCGCAAUGGCCAUCAACGUCUACUUGACGUUCUACUUUAGGUUCGACGCGCGGCGGCUGCGCAAAAUGGAGAUUCCGUACCUCGUCGUGUGCUAUGGCCUGCCGUUCAUCCCUGCCUUUUCGUACCUGUUCAUCAGGGACAAGAGCGGCAUUCGCGUGUAUGGCUCGGCGGGCAUGUGGUGUUGGAUCGUCCCGAGGUGGGACUACUUGCGCAUAGCGACCUUUUACGGACCUGUCUGGGGGACCAUUGUCAUCACGCUAGCCAUCUACCUCCGGUCUGGCGGCACCAUCUACCGGAAGCGCCAGCAGCUGCGCAAACUUCAGGAGACGAGCUCCGUCGGCAUGUCUUCGAUAACCCGAGGCGGCAUCGACCCCACCACGACCAACAUCAAGACGACCGAGGUGGUCGUCACGUCCGAGAUUGUCAGCCCCGCUGAGACGAUGGAGAUGCAGGCUCUGGGCGGCCACGCGACCGCCCAUGCCACGACGACGGCGCCGAGGCCGCGUGACGACGACGACGACGAUGCUGACGAUGGCAUGGACGAGGAGGGAGAGGAAGAGGUCGCAACACACUCCGGGCCGCAAGCCACAGGCGUCUCCGGCAGCGGCGGCGGCACUGGCGGCGGCGGCGUCGUCCAGCGGCCCCGACGACGGAUCCAUCAGGAAAUCAGCAACGCCGCCUGGCAGUACACGAAGUGCGCGAUCCUCUUCUUCAUCGUCAUCCUCGUCACGUGGACGCCCUCGAGCGCCAACCGCGUCCAUGCCUUCAUCAACCCACACGAGAUCAGCGUGCCGCUGCAGUACAUGAGCGCAACGGUCCUUCCGCUGCAGGGCUUCUGGAACGCCAUCAUCUACGCCGUCACGUCGUGGGCCGCCUGCAAGAGGCUGUUCAGGCAGAUGAAGGCCUGGAUAGCCCAGAAACGGGGCAAGACGGGGGCCGGCGUCGGCAACGGCCAACCGUCCGCCGACAGCCGGGCCCGCAGCUCGUGGAUCCGCAGCCAGGAGGACGCGCAGUCGUCGUCACGGGGCCGGGGCAGCAAGCGGGGGCCGACGCAGAGCGUGUGCAUCGAGGGCGACUCGGAGAGCAUGAGGGUGCUGGCCAAGAGCGCGCAGGGGUCCGACGACAUGGACGGGCGGAGCGUGAGCGUGGCGCCGUCCCGCAGCGAGGCCUGA